UCGCGCGCUUGGCUCUCUCCCUUAGUAACAGCUCCCCUCCUGCCUCGGUGCUGCGCCCUGCCCCCGCGCCCCUCCCCCGCCGGACCCGCUGCCCGGCUGUCAGCGCCCGCACCCCAGGGCGCCUCGGGGUGCCGUCGGCGGCCAGGAGGGGAGCGCCGCGCGUCCUGGAAGGGACAGCGUCGCCAAGCAGCCUCAGCAGCUUGUGAUUGGUAGUUGGAUAUCCAGUUGCACAUCCUCACAUCAAUGCACUGCCAAUGGGUUAUGUCCUGUGGUGUGAGCUCAUGGUUUAAGUGGGAAUAAAGAUGAGCAUAAGCAGUGAUGAGGUCAACUUCUUGGUAUAUAGGUACUUGCAAGAGUCAGGAUUUUCUCAUUCUGCCUUUACCUUUGGUAUAGAGAGCCAUAUAAGUCAGUCCAACAUAAAUGGUGCCCUGGUCCCACCCGCUGCACUCAUCUCUAUCAUCCAGAAAGGCCUGCAGUAUGUAGAGGCAGAAGUUAGCAUAAAUGAGGAUGGCACCUUAUUUGAUGGUCGACCCAUCGAAUCUCUGUCCCUGAUAGAUGCUGUUAUGCCCGAUGUAGUCCAAACAAGACAACAAGCCUACAGAGACAAGCUUGCACAACAGCAUGCAGCUGCAGCAGCUGCUGCUGCGGCAGCAGCCACUAACCAGCAAGGAUCUGCAAAAAAUGGAGAGAACACAGCAAAUGGGGAAGAGAAUGGAGCACACACCAUUGCAAAUAAUCACACCGACAUGAUGGAAGUAGAUGGCGAUGUGGAAAUCCCUUCCAAUAAAGCAGUUGUGCUUCGGGGCCAUGAAUCUGAAGUUUUUAUCUGUGCCUGGAACCCUGUUAGUGAUCUCCUGGCAUCAGGGUCUGGAGACUCCACGGCAAGAAUCUGGAACCUCAGUGAGAACAGCACAAGCGGCCCCACACAGCUGGUGCUUAGACACUGCAUACGGGAAGGGGGACAGGAUGUGCCCAGUAACAAGGAUGUCACCUCUCUAGAUUGGAAUAGUGAAGGUACACUUCUAGCGACUGGGUCAUAUGAUGGAUUUGCCAGAAUAUGGACUAAAGAUGGUAAUCUUGCCAGCACCUUGGGGCAGCAUAAAGGCCCUAUAUUUGCAUUAAAAUGGAAUAAGAAAGGAAAUUUCAUCCUAAGUGCUGGUGUAGAUAAGACCACCAUCAUUUGGGAUGCGCAUACUGGUGAAGCCAAGCAGCAGUUCCCUUUCCAUUCAGCCCCAGCACUGGACGUCGACUGGCAGAGCAACAACACCUUUGCAUCCUGUAGUACGGACAUGUGCAUUCACGUCUGCAAACUAGGACAAGACAGACCUAUCAAAACAUUCCAGGGACACACGAAUGAAGUAAACGCUAUCAAAUGGGACCCAACUGGUAAUCUCCUAGCUUCCUGUUCAGAUGACAUGACAUUAAAGAUCUGGAGUAUGAAGCAAGAUAACUGUGUCCAUGAUUUGCAAGCACAUAAUAAAGAAAUUUAUACUAUCAAAUGGAGUCCAACAGGACCAGGGACAAAUAAUCCAAAUGCCAACCUUAUGCUAGCAAGUGCAUCCUUUGAUUCUACAGUUAGGUUAUGGGACGUAGACCGGGGGAUUUGCAUCCAUACUUUGACAAAACAUCAAGAGCCCGUGUACAGUGUGGCUUUUAGUCCUGAUGGCAGGUAUUUGGCAAGUGGUUCUUUUGACAAGUGUGUGCACAUCUGGAACACACAGACAGGUGCUCUAGUUCACAGUUACAGGGGAACAGGUGGGAUUUUUGAAGUUUGCUGGAAUGCAGCAGGAGACAAAGUUGGAGCCAGUGCUUCGGAUGGUUCAGUUUGUGUCUUAGACCUUCGGAAAUAGCGUUACUAGUUGGAAGCCAUGGACCGACUAUGAAUGUGUACAUAGCCACAAGACUAUCCCUGACCCACAUACUGCUAUAGUCCUACUUGAACCAUGGCCAGUCCACUACAUCCAAAUCUAAGAGAAGUAUAUACAUGCAGUAUAUAUGAACACAGCUGUACCCUGAAGACGACAGUCUCAUCCCAGCUUGUGAAUUCUGCUCACCAAGUGCUGGGAUCUAACCUGCUGUGCCCCUAAUAGCAUUUAGAAGUUUGGAUAUGAAAACCACAAGAGAAGGAAUAUGCGGUAUAAGAGCAAACCACACAUGUCCCAGUUUUAAAUAUUAAUGACAGCCUUGUUUGAAUAUUAAUGAUAGCCUUGUUUCUCCCCUUUGAAUCAGCAGACACCAUGGAUUAUGUUCUUUUUCCCCUUCAGUAGUGCGCAGUUUGUAUGUACAGAGAACAUGGACUUAACAAAAGCUUGCGGCAGUAGUUGGUUCUUGCUUCCAAGUUUGUUUUGGUUUAGAUUACGGAUGCAUGAAGUAAGGGAGUGAAUCAUUUUCUUGCUUUUUUUUUUUUUUUUUCCCCUCACCUUUUAAACAACAAAGAAAAAAAUCUUAAAAAUAUUUUACUGCAUUUUUUGGAAGAGGUAGAUGUUUGGUCCAUUUGGUGGCUCCCAGAGCAUGUACUCAAUAGGCGCAUAUUUUGGAGGGAAUUGGAAUAAUAGGAAACUCCAUGACUUCCGGCGUGCCACUCUCUGAGACGAAUCAGCAAAGGGUGUUAUGUUAUCUUUGUUUUGGGUUUUUUGUUUUAGUUCUUUGUGUGUGUGUGUGUGUGUGUGUGUAUUUGAGAGAGAGAGAAAGUGAGAGAGAGAGCGAGUGUGAGUGCUUAAUACAAUAGUUUUCUUUUGGGGGACAUAUUUCUGCCAAUUAAAGACUAGAAGGGCACAACCUUUUUUUUUUUUUUUUUUUUUUUUUUAUUAAAUACCAUAAAGAAGAGACUUUAAAAAAAAUCUUCUGAUGUUUUGUAGCCAUAACUAAAUUAUGGUUAAAAUGUGCACUAUUGUGAGAAGGAGCAACAUAGUUUGGGGCUUUUAUUUUAUUUUUUAUUUUACCAUUUGUCUGUUUUACUUUGUUUCUUAAGAGAUUAAAAUCUUUCUGGAUAAGGAUUAGCUUCGCAAAGUGUCCAUCAUUCUGUAUAGAAGCUUAAAUAUGUAAUGUAACCAGAUUCCAGUAUUAAUAAAUCUCUCAUGUUAGUUUUCUUUUUACAAAGCAAGAUUACAGCAUAUAAUAACACUGCCAGUACAUGGCUAAAUGUUUGCUACCUUAGUUUUAAAAACAGUUUUUAAAGGCUUGCUUUGAGGUAUUUUUGAAUAGCAGUGAUGGAGAAUUUAGGAGAAGUGUGGCUGAGGCUAGCCCUCUGCCUGCAUCUAUGGCGCCAAAGCUGCACUUUGUCAAGCACUGUAGAUCUAAGCUGCUGGUUUUCCAAUAAUCACUACUAUAUCAUGUCUUUUACUCUCAAUUAUAUCAAGUAUUUUUUUUUUAAAGAUAUAGGUAUCCAAUCAGAUCUCUUAUGUUCAGCUAAAAGUAAAAUAUACCUACAAAUGUUCACCAGAGGCUGUGUUUGUAAAGGUGGUUAACAGGACAGUCGAUAUUAACAAAAGAACCCAGGAAUGUUGGUUCUGAAGAGAAAGAACAGUUGUCAAAUUUAUAUCUUUAAAUUUUUAAUUAAGAAAUUACUUAGCAAAUUUAUAACACUAUUUGUGUCGAUAGUUGAGGCCUUUGACUCCUGAAUCCCACCUUGUAUUCUACGAAGAGGCUCUAACCCAGCCCCGCAGCUCGGAUGCUCUGUAUUUGCUGCCUUGCUCUUUACAAAACAGCGUUGAUUGACGCAGGUCUUGGCUUCACGAAGGUAGGGUGGCAUUUGCUUUUGGUAAAGAGGAUGAAUACACUUAAAUUUUACCAUAUCUCGUUAUAUCUGCCCCAUUGUUGUCAGUGGGGACUAUGAUACUGUAAUAAUAUUAAGAGCUGUAUCCAGAGAGGCCAUCAUCUAUGGUUUGUGCCAGGUGUUUUUAGGGUUUGAUCACAUUGAGAUAUUUAGAACCCAUUGCUCUGUGGCUCUGUAGGAAUUCUAAAAUGUUGAGUGUCUGGCACUUGAGAUUUUGCUUUUACUGCAAGGGGGUCACAUCUGUUGGCCUCUGUUGUUGUUUAAAAAAUAAUAAUAAAAAUAAAAAAACUGUGCAAUAAUUUUUAAAUGUGCUCCCAGGAAUAGACACAAACGUUUUGAGUAUGCCUAAGCUGCAUUUCCUUCAGCGAUGCAUUUGUCAAUUGCACUGAAUCUGAACCUGAAAGUCAGAGGUGAUUGUUGAUAGUGCUUUUGUAUUUUGAUAUGGACAUUUUAUUCAUUUGCAUACAGUCAUUGACUGUUCUUCCCAGCUGAUUCAAAGACAGUCACAAAUUCCCGAAAUACAGCUGCCAAAAUGACAGCUGACUUUUUUGAUAGUGUCUUGCUUUCUGUUGGGCGUAUGUUUAUUGGUUUGUUUUGUUAUUGUUGUUGGUUUUCUUCAUAUUUCUUUGGCUAUUUUACUGCAGCACAGUAGCUGUGGUAGAUCGUCUGAUAGAUGGUAAGUGCAGAGCUUUGCUGUCCCAAAGCCUCUGGUCUUUCCCUCGCAGAUGUGGCGGAAGACAUGCGCAGAUGUGGCGGAAGACAUCCACCUUUAGGUUGGUUCUCUGUGAGCGUAGGACUGUGUGCUUUGCUGCUGCUCUCACUGUCACUGUAGCCUGCUGACGUGCCACAAUGCUGCUCCACAGACACCACACCAUGUCUUCACCCGAGCAGUCAGAUGAUCACCGGAGACCACACUUGGGUGUGUCAAGUGCUGUCAUGGGGUUCUCACUUUCCUUCUUGUCUUUUUCUGAGGAUUGGCUCUGAAGAUCCAGAGUCCAGUAGUCUUUCUAUGAUGUUCAUUUAGAUCAUUGUUUUAUAUAUAUGCUACUAUAAGGAAGACAAUAGGAGGCUUAAAUGAUUAUCAUUGAUUAAAGUAGACUGGAGGGAGCAGUUGCCACCCUUGAAAGGCAUGAAGGAACCAGUGUACUCCAUGCAGGAGACCCCUGGGGACUUAGGUUUACCCCACUCCUGUUUUCCCUGAUCAGGUAAUAUCAUUUGACUUUCAAAUGAUUUAGGAGUGGUAACUGGAAUAGGUCUUAGAGUGUAGCAAAUUCUGUUUUCAUGAGUUAUCCUCUAGGUGAGUAUGUUUUAGGAUUAAACACCCUUACAGAUACUGAAAGUGCCUCCUUUUGUGGUAUACAAAAACAAAUUAUGGUGCAAAAAGUAAUCAGUAGAUUGAAUCACAUGAAGGGUUUUUUGCUUUUUGACAUAAUGUCAAGAGACAGGCCAAAGAUUUGUACUUUUCACUUAUAAAGCACUCCUUUUUUUUCCUUAAGAUUCUUUCUGUCGAUCAGAUUUAAUGAAAGAGUACUAUUUUUAAGGAGCUAUCUGUUUAUGUAGAAUGAUUUUGUUAAAAGAGUAAUGUAAACUAUGAAUGAGGCGCAGAGGCCCGCAGAGGACUGGGCCUUUUGCUAUUUAAAGGAAUCACGGCUGACCAGGCUUCUGCAAGCACACCCGACAAGUUUUACUGAAUGCAUAGGAAAACCAUCUCAGACAGCGCUGUCUUGCUCUUUUAAAUAUCAUUUACAUUUUUGUAAGCGCAUUGCACAUUUCCACAGAAGCUGGAUUCUCAGGAGCUCAGAGCGGUACUUGCACAGUUGCUGCAGAAAUCCUGCCUCCGUGGACCAACAUCGUGGCACAGCAGCAAAAGCUAGCAUAUGGAGGCUAGCAGCCAGCCUACAGAGACCCUGGGGGUGGUUUUCUGUUUGUUUUUCAUUCCCUCCUUUUGUCUGAAGUCAUCAGGGAGGGAUCAGUAAUAGCUCUGAAGUGUCACAUUUAAUAUCAGUCUUUUAAUACACAAUCCUAGUCAAAUGUAGGAGAGAAAAAGGAGUGCUCACAUUUUUUUAAUCCGCUCAUUUGGAAUCCGGUGUCUAUAGCAGUUCUGAGGUGUCCAUCGUAGUCUUUAUUUCUGUCCUUCUGUGACAGUGUUGAAGCAGGAUGAAUAAGUAGGCUUUUUCUUUUCUUUCUUUAACCUAGUCAGGUGUUUCAUGUUUUCUUUGGAAUUUCUGGAUAAGUUUGAGGAAACAUUCUGCAUGUUCUAUCUGGUGUGCUUUUCUCAUCUCAUUACAAACAAACAGACUUCAUUGUGUAUCUCUGCCAUCCUUAAAUACAGAAGUGAUUCUCUUUCCUGACUUUGACAUUGUUGCUAUAUAUAAUGUUUUUAUUUGAGUUUUGCAAAUCCUUUGGGUCUAAUUCUGUGAGCCUACCUUAGCACUGGGUGAUGACGUCUGCAGCCUUUCGUUAGUUCCACAGUUAACCUUAAAGCUGUUGUAGAUGUGUAAACCAGCCCGUGACAGUUUUUUGUACAUGCUUAAGAACUUGAUUGUUGAAUUUUCAUGAUUGUGUAAGGAAGACUGAUACAGGUCUCGAUCUCUCCUGGACCAUGUCAAUGACACUUAGGAUGUAUUUUGGUUCUACAUCACAGUGAUUUGUCCCCAAUGACCCUUUGACCCUUUCCAGGCACAUUUUGUGUGUGUGUGUGUGUGUGUAUUGUUGUUCCAGUUUUCCCUUUGCAUUGUAUUGCUUUGACAACUGUAAUUUGAAUCAGAUCUGAAAGAGGUCCAGAAUAAAAUAUAUUUUGAUAUUA